UAAUCAACGUGCGUUUUAAUAGUAUUUGGCUGCUAUGCGAUAAGCCACUUCGUUGAGCCUGACACAUUUGUGGUCGGGAGUCGCUUCUGAAAAAGGAGCCGCAUUGACUCAGCGGGCCUUUAACCUGCUAACAUUCAACGUAGUUUUGUUCAUUUUACUAAUGCCAGCUUAGCUGAGCUACAUUACCUCGCCUGGUGAAACUAGACGUAGCUUAAUCACCGCAGAAUGGUUUACUGGGGCCGGUUGCAUUGCUCCCUACGCAGCAUGGCGCCCGAGGAGGGGCCGGGCAGCGGAACAGCGUCUGGGCGGGCGAGAGGCUUCCUCCUCCUCCUCCUGCCCCCUGCCGCCACUACCACCCAACCACGCAGUGCGCACAGAAGCAGCAGCAGCAGCACGGUGCCUCUCCUUUGAGGGAGGGUGGACAGCUGCCGCACCUGGGGUGCAGCGUCUUCACCUGGAGAUGUCAAGCCCUGAUCUUCCCGUCGAGGUGAUAACUCGGAUCAUGAGCCUUCUGUCGGUGGCAGAGAGGCGAGAGGCAUCGCUGGUGAACAAGGCUUGGUACCAGUCCUCCUUGGACCACACGCUACAGAAGGAUGUGGUGUACAACCUGGCGGUGGGGUGCGGUGGCGAACUGGGCUGGGCCGACGCGUGGAGCGCAAGCGGCGUGCCGUCGCGCGCUAGCAUAAGUGCGGUGCUCACCUGCACGGACGGAUCGCACGCCGCCCGCCAGGCACUCGAGCUCGCCGCCCGCCGCCUGGGCCCUUCGCUGGAGCAGCUGGCGCUGCGUGGAGCGGCGCUGCAGGAGGCGGUCUUGCCGGCCGUGCUGCAGUACUGCCCGCGGCUGCUUUCCCUCGACCUCACGGGCUGCGAUGGCCUCUUCAUGCCGGGCAUGCUGUUGGGCCGCCCUGAGGAGUGCGAGCUCGCCCGCCCGGGUCUACGGAACCUGCAGCGGCUGUCCCUCGCCGGGCUCCGCUACCUCUCAGACAGCACGUUCAACCGCCUGGUGUCGCUCACGCCGCACCUGAGCCACCUGUCACUCGCCGGGUGCCACAUGACCUUCGAUUUCUACCCCUACAGCAGCCACAAUGGAAAGAAGGACGCUGUUCCAAGUGGCAGGCCGCAAGACUCUACUGCCAUGCUCUUGCUGCGGAACCUGCUGUCGUUCCUGCAGCAGCACGCAGACACCCUCACCGGCCUGGACCUGAGUGGCCUGGGGCUCACGAUGCAGACGGCUCGCGCCAUCGUCAGCGUCCCUGGGCUGCGUCUCACCUCCUUCCUCCUGCGUGACUGCAAGGAUCUCUCGGACGCCGCGGUGCAGGCCAUUGUAACUGCUCAGCCGUUCCUCGAGGUGCUGGACGUGAGCGGGUGCGUGCUGCUCACGGAUAAAGCAGCCCUGGCCGUGUCGCUGGGCCUUCCUGGCCUCCGUCGUCUCGGGAUGGGCCACCUACGCCACCUGACAGACGCGGGCCUGUCCGGCCUAGCCUGCCUGCCUUGCCUCACAGCCCUCUCCGUGCCGGAGUGCCACCAGCUGACGGGCAAGGGCCUGUGGGACAAAGGCAGUUGCAAUCGGGACGGAGCGAGCGUGAUGGUGGGGGAAAGGCCUCCGCUCAGGGCAGAGGUUGAAGGAGAACAAGGAAUGGCGUUCGCGCCGCUGCAGGAGCUGAGCCUGCGCUACUGCAAUAUCACAGCCUCGAGCGUGGUGUCACUGGCGGUUGCGCUGGGUGCGUCUUUGCGGGAGCUGGACCUCUCGUCGUGCGUGGCCGUCACGGACGCCAGCGUGCGCGCCAUCAGCACGAGCCUGGCUACCCUGCGGGUGCUGCGUCUUGCCUGGUGCCGCGAGCUCACCGACUGGGGCCUGCUGGGCAUAGAGAAGCCCUGCUUACAGCCGUUGUUGCCCAGCAGCCACACGAGUUCGUCCGGGCCCAAGUUCAGCCGCUCGUUUGGCAACAUCGGCUUCUUCUCUCCGCCGCCCGUGUGGCCGGAAGGUUUGGCGCCGCCGUUGCCGGCGGAGGUGGAGGCGAGCGAGGUGGGGCCCCGGCUGAGCGCCCUCUCCCAGCUCGCCGAACUCGACCUCGCCAACUGCUUCCGGCUCACGGACGCCAGCCUCACGCAGGUGCUGCGGUUCCCAGAGCUGCGCUGCCUGCACGUGUCCCACCUGUGCGAGCUGUCUGACGCGGCGCUGCUGGCGCUGAGCCGCGGCUGCCCCUCCCUUGAGCGCCUGUCGCUCGCCGGCUGCUAUCGCCUGAGCGACGGGGGCCUGGCAGCGGCCGCCCCGCUGCUCCGCCGGCUGCGUCACCUCGACCUGUCCCGCUGUGAGCAGCUCUCCGACAGCGUCCUGGACGCCCUGGCCGCGAGCUGCCCGUGGCUGCGCUCGCUGGACGUGUCGCGGUGCGGCCGCGUCACGCUGGAGGCCGUCGAGCGGCUGCAGGCCACGCUGCCGGAGCUGGGCGACGUGCACAUGCGGAGCGCCAAUGGGCAGGACCUCGCCUUCGCCCUCUGAUCGCGGGUGACGGGGUGGGCCAGUGCGGUCUCGGGGUGAGCUGGCGGGGUGAGCUGGCGGGCUACGGCUCACUCAUUUCCAGGACCAAGCGGCACUUCCGUAAUAGAGACGCUUCCCCCUCCCUCCCCACCGUCCAGUGUCGUUUGGUGAACACGGGCACACAUUGGAGCCGAGCAUUGUUUGAAACGGUGAUCAUCAUCGUUACUUCGUGCGCAGCAUACCUUCGGAGUAUGACCAAUGACGACUGUGGGCACAGACCCUCGCCCCGGUGAGGAAACGAGGCUUAGCUUUGUACAACUCGUGUGAUAAAUGAGCCUGGAGCAGAUGACGAGGAGGGUCUGCUGUGGUUUAUCAGUGCGAUUUUAUCUUCCCCUUGUGAAUAAAUAAGUAACUUGAAUGAGCUUGAAGGAAGACGCAAAGAAAAGUUUAAUUUAUUAUGUUGUAGAUGCACACCGAGGCCGUGUCACGAGUGUAAAGCUUCACUCGUGAGAAGAAGGAACUGGACGUCAUGGGCAUGUGACACGGCAUACUAUGGUGACGUUGCUGCUUUUUGAUGGCCGUAACGUUAACAACGAGAUGGAAGACCCCGUGCUGAAGCUGCAUCAUGACGCGCAGCGGGAAGGUUCAAGGAGCCAAUUGGGUGAGGGCCCCAAGGUGACCUGAAAUGAAUUUUACACGAGCACUUGUAAAGUUCCGCUUUGCCACUGAUAAACGUAGUUUUAAUUAAUAAAAAAAAACAUCACACAAUGUUUAUUUAUAGGUCGCGUCUUCCUUUAACGCAUUUAAAAAAAAUGUAAACUCUUCAUAGCGGUAAAGACAUUUAUUUACGGAUGCACAACCCUUAGAGUCCAGCAAGGGCUGAUUUUUCUGGCAUCUGCCUCCUUGUCUGAAUGUUAAACACAAGGCACCAAAAACUUUGCUCGGGUAUGUGAGAUUCUCGGUUAAUUGAAUUGUCCCUUUACCUUUGAGGGUAGGUUGAAUUGUAAUUGUGUGGGCAUCUUAUUCACUAUGCGGGUCGCAAUUAUUGUUCCAACUAUGCACGAGUUCGGUGUUCAUAUUGUGAUGACGUAGAUCACAUGGUGUGUGCCCCAUCAAUCCUGCCGAUGAUGUUGCAGCUCUGCGACCAGUGGUUAAGGUUUUAGUUUUCCAGAGCAACCUCAGACGCCAAGGAUGUUUUUCAAGGACGGCAUAAUAUAAUCAUAAUCACGUGGCGGCCCUUUUUCAGUCCACUGCUGGAUGAGGGCCUUGCCACACAGUGCGGGUUUUUGUGGUUAUUUGACCAUACUUCUCCACGCUGGUCAGUACAUGUUGGUGAAGGCUGGGAGCACAUAAGUACACUGCAACGAAAAGCUCAGCAGAAUGCACUGUAAUUACUUGAAGUGUGCAGUGCCAUUCGACAGCUCACAAUGUAAUUCAAAUAUGCAAAUGACAAGAAAAACCUAUCACGAGAAAUAUUAAUGUAGGCUGUAAAUAAAUGUAUUUAAUAAAGCACAGAGGUGUGCGUUGCACGUACAAACGCUCCAAGCGUUAUCCAGAUGACUAGCUCAAAAGUGUUGGAAUGGUCAUAUUUUGUCAACUAUUUGAGUCGGUGGUCUAAACGACUAUUGCUACGCAUUCAGUUAUUUUUACCGUCAUAAUUAUCACUCUUGUUUUAUUGGGGUGUCUGUAAAUGGAUCACCCGUACAUUGGUAAAUGUCUUAACCAUAUUUAGACAAAGACACUGAUUGUUGUAAAGCACACGGCUAACCGCGUGGCACGUGUGCACACAAACAAAUAACAAAGAUGCCCGUAUAGCCUUAACAGACUGUUGGGGCAAGUGCCGUCAGCGAACACCUAAGAAGGCUAGAACGGUACACGAGGGGGUGGGUGGCCAGCACCACGCCCGGCCGCCGUUGUCUCCCCAGUGGCGAUGUUUUUACACACCGAACCAGGUACUCAUUUGAGGCCGAGUCGACCUAGGGGAGGCCCAGGACCGGUUCAGAUAAUCGCCACAGGUGUUGGCCUUGAGUGGGAAUCGAACCCCGGUCGCCGGGUUCAAAGCGCAGCGCGCUAACCGCUCCACCACCGCUCCCCACAUAUACAAACACAUUCACACGCAUGUUUUCGCGCAGGGUUAAGGAUAAAUUAUUUGCGGAAUAAACCUCAUUCAGAUUGUGUUAUGCCACUAUGCUAUGCAGGCACGUGUGAUGUAUGUGCCUUACUCAGUGGGCGAUGUUUGUGUUUGUGUAAUACUAUAUAUGACUAUUGUACAAUCUCACUGGCAGUGGGGGGCAGCAAACAAUAAUCCUCAACCCCCACCCCACCCCCUGCCCAACUAAACUCUCAGUGGACAGUGAAGUAGAAGCCAGGUGACACUUAACCGUGAAUAUAUACAGCGCAUUGCAGACGGGAUGAUGCUUUCCUGAACGUUGUUGUUGUUCCACACCCAUCGUAGCGAACGCAGCAAUAAGACAAUGCUAGAUUUGAAGCUUUCGUGACUGCAAGGAUUAAUAUUCUUAGGUUUUUUCGGUAAAGUCA